ACACAUCGCUCCGGAGCCCUCUUGCCUGCCGCAUCAAUCCCAUUCCAUUCCUUCUUUCCUUGUUCUAGCCUGCCUGCGCUUCUUUGUUCUAUCAACAAUCUCAAGAUGUCUGGCUGCGGAAACUCUGGUUGCUCAUGCGGUGCUGCCUGCAAGUGCGCCAGCGGCAACGGCUGCGGCUCUAAAAGGUCCAUGGACGACUUCGAGAGUUCGGAGAUGAGAGGCUUUGAGGGAGCUAAGGAAGGAUGCAAGUGCGGUGACAAAUGCUCAUGCAACCCUUGCAACUGCAAGUGAAAAUACCGCUUAUCUACAGACUUCAGACCUCCACCUUGCGGACGAUGGAUAGAGAUGCGACCUGAUUGCUCAGUUAGCAAUCAGCUCAUAGUCUACAGCUAUGCAGAGGACGCAAGGCGGGCCUGUUGUUUAUAUGCACGCACUACAAUGUUCAGAGAAUAUAGGAAGUGUUGUCUUGUGCGUCGAAGGCUGUAGGAAGAGCUCGACUUCAAGAUGACAGGGUUCGACUGUAUAUCUGUUCACCAAAAAUAAAGACAUACUGUUCUGACGAGAAGUCC